CAGCCCCAGACAUUCCCCUCGAAGGCCCGCCCGAGUGGGCGUUUUCGUUUCUUUCUCUGGCUCUUGAGCUGGAAGUGUUGCUCUCUGCUAAGGAUUUGGUUUACAAGGCAUUUUACAUAUAUCAUUUGAUGCUCACAACAACCCAGCAAGAUUCCUUUGAGUAGUACUAAAUUAAAUCUUCAGGAAGUCUUUUCUGAAUGGAAGUGAAUUUAUUUGAAGCAUAACAUGAAUUGGUUCCUGAUAACACAGGAGUUGAGCUUCCAAAAAUUCAUGAAACAAUCAGCAUAUGUGGAAGAACUUAAGUAUGACUUCAACGAAAAAGCUGAAUUGAGACACACAGAAACACAUCAGCCCUUCAUCUUUAAUUAUUACAAAAAUACCCUUGAGAGAAAUAGCCAACGCUACCAGGCUCUUGGCCAUUUGCUUGAAUGUUACAUUUAUGAGCUCUUGGAGAAGGUGUGCAAAUUACACAAAGUAUAUAUACCAAUCCAGGCUAUUAUGGAACCAAGGAGCUUCUUUUUCAUGAGUGAGAAUGCAUUAACUAAUCCUUCCCUUCUUGUCCUCCUUCAAGACCAUGGAGUUUUUAGGGCUGGGCAGUGGAGUCAACAGACCAUAGUCCGUCAUGGCCUACAACAUGGAAGUCAGAUACCUUGUAUUCAACUAGCACUGCAAUCAGAUUAUGGUAUCAUUGUUUUAAAUCCCAAUGAUAAUUUCAUGGAUUUAAAGCUAGAAAAAGAGUGUCAAAGUUCUCUAGGCUACACUGUUGAGUCAUCUCCCACAGAAAUGUUUCAGACUAGGAAGCCAUUUUCUUUGCCAAAGGUUGCCCAGCGCAUUCCUAAAAAGUACAGUAGUACACCUGAAGAACAUACUGCCUACAUCUGGAAUCAUUUCAUUUUGGAAAGUGCAGCCAGGAAUGUAGCUUUCAUUGUCCAUGGUUAUGGAGGUUUGGUUUUCAUGGACCUACUUGUUCAGAAAAAGUGGGAAGUAAUGAAUAAAGUAUAUGCUGUAGCCCUUAUUGAUUCUGCACACCAUGUGGAGCACCAGUUGGGAAAUGACACACAGCUAUUAGCAUGGAUAAAGCACCACUGUCGUGAAUGGAUAACAAGCCACAAGCCAUUGGAUAAACCUGUAGCCACUGUUUUGAAAAUGGAUUGUCCAAAGGUUUCUGCUGGUACAGAAAAUCAUAGCUUAGCACCUUCUACCAGCCUACAAUCUAUUUUCAAAUACCUCAAAAAUGCUUUAAAAGCCAAAACAACUGUUCAUUUUUCUCGAAUGCCAAUUGUUACUAGAAGCUGCACAAAAAGAAAGCAAAGCACUUAGGUAAAAAGAAAGAUGCCAUGUUUACUCCUUAAAAAGCUGCAGAAAGAAUGUUAGAAUGAAAGGGCAGUUUUCACCUCUUCCCAACCUUGAUAUGUGAAUAACUAUCUAAUUUUAUUUUUGUUUUUCUUAAAAAAAUGUGAAUGUUUUGCAUUUUGCUGACUUUUAGGGAUAAAGAAAGGAAAGUUCCAGUCUGCUAUUUUGUACUUUAUGAUAGUACUUUAAAGUCCAUUUUUAGAAUUGUUUUUGUUAUCUUAAAGAUACUUUCUGAGAGUUUAAAGGUAGUCAUUACAAUUAUUGCAGCUUAAUUCAAAUUUAGAGCAAAUUAUAUUUUUUUGUUUUAUAAAUGGUUUUGGUGACUCUGUAAAACUUACUAAAAUUAAACAUAAUGAGCAGCA